AUGUUUGAUGGGAUGGAAACAGCCAACGCUCCUUCAGUUCCACAAAGAAAUUGGGAGGCAGCUAAUCAGGUGUGUCAUGUUGAUUCCAUCUAUGAGUAUAAUGAACGGGAACAAUUAGAAAUGCGAAAUGCUAAACCAUGGCAAAAGGAUCAACAUUUCUUCAAAGAGGUUAAAAUCUCAGCUGUAGCUCUCUUGAAAAUGGUGAUGCAUGCUAAGAGAGGGACUCCUCUGGAGGUUAUGGGUUUGAUGCAAGGGCGAAUCGAUGGCAACGCUUUCAUCGUAAUCGAUAGCUUUGCUUUACCGGUAGAAGGAACUGAAACCAGGGUCAAUGCUGCAAAUCAAGCUUACGAAUAUAUGUCUGUAUAUUGUGAUUUAUGCGAAAAUAUUGGUAAAAAGGAAAAAGUUGUGGGCUGGUAUCACUCGCAUCCGGGUUAUGGUUGUUGGCUCUCUGGUAUUGAUGUUGCUACACAAGCUCUGAAUCAGCAAUAUCAAGAGCCGUGGGUCGCAAUUGUUAUUGAUCCUUUACGCACAAUGAGUGCCGGGAAAGUGGAUAUUGGAGCAUUCAGGACAUAUCCUAAGGGUUACAGCCCCCCAGAGUUCGACGGAAAACAAGAAUAUCAAACGAUUCCCUUGAACAAGAUUGAAGACUUCGGUGUUCAUUGUAAACAGUAUUAUUCGUUGGAAGUGAGCUUCUUCAAAUCCGAAUUAGAUACCCAUAUCUUGAGUACUUUGUGGAACACAUAUUGGCUGAGCACUAUUACAAGUUCUCCUCUACUUUCGAAUGCUGGUUACAUCAACAAUCAAAUGAGUGAUAUCGCGUCAAAAAUGAAACAUAUUGAAAAAAGAUGGUCACGAGCCGAAAGAGGAAACGAAGUUAACGACCAGUUAGAUAAAGUUAUGAAAGAUGCGGAUCAAGUGCAAGCGGAACUUGUAUCUUCCGUCUUAGUGCAGCAAUUGAAGAGGACUUUAUUUGAUCAUAAGGGAUGUAGCGCUUUAUGUGGAAACACUGAUGGUACACCAGAAGCUUCAGCUGAAGUCAUGGUAGAAGAUAAUAACGAGCAAGCAAUGGAUAUGUAA